AUGGGAGUAAGGGUUUAUGUUGAGCUUAAGAGAGAAAACAGGGGAUUUGAAGCAUAUCCGUUGUGCGUUAGCGUAACUGAUAAUGAUCUUGAGAAUUUUGUGUCCGGCGAAUCUGCAGUUGGAGACGAUAUGUUUCAACUUGAAUUUAAUGAUUAUAUGCAUGCUAUGGACGUAGUUGAUUCAAAUGAUUUGGAUGCGUCGGAUUGUGCUAAGGCUGUUGUUUUAUUUCAAAACAACGAUGACUUGAUAAUUUCAAACAAGGAACACAAGGAUGUUUUUGUUGAUCAAAUCUACAAAGAUAAGGACACUCUGAAGAAUGUUAUGGCGAAUUAUGCAAUUCGGAAAAGAUUCAAUUUCAGGACGGAGAGGUCGAAUGCCGUAAGUUACACUGCGGUAUCUUUGUUCAACGAUUGUCGUUGGAAAUUCGAGCUUCAAGACAAAGUGUAUUCCCAAAGGCAAGCAACAAGUUGGUUGAUUGGUGCGUCAGUUGUUAAGCCAAAAAUAGCAAAUCACAAGAGGAAAUAUACACCUGGUGAUAUAGUAGACGACGUAAAAAAUGAGUAUGGCGUUGAUGUUUCUUAUAUGACGGCCUGGAGGGCUAGAGAAAAGGCAAUGAAUGAAUUAAGAGGGGAACCAACAGAAUCAUACAAGAAGUUACCGGGAUAUGUCUACAUAUUGGAUAAAACAUACCCUGGAUCACAUGUGAUAAUGCACAAAUCACAACAAAACGAGUUCUUGUAUUUGUUUAUAGCACUUAAAGCGUUCAUAAAAGGCUUCGAGUGUUGUAGACCAAUAGUUGUAGUAGAUGGUUCCCACCUUAAAACUACAUAUAACGGUAAUAUUCUACCAUUGGCAUAUGGUGUGAUAGAUUCAGAGAAUGAUAAGUCUUGGACCUGGUUCUUUGAGCAGUUCAAACAAGCUUAUGGGAAUAGGGAUAACAUGUGUGUUGUAUCAGAUAGACAUGAGAGCAUCAUUAAAGCGAUUGAGAAGGUUGAUUUUCGGGUAAAAGAGUACUUGGAGGAUGCUGGAAGGGAAAAGUGGGCACGACUAUAUUCAACCGUUAACAGAGGAUGGACAAUGACGUCAAAUAUAGCCAAAUGUAUUAAUGGAAAAUUGGUAGCAGCAAGAGAGUUGCCUAUUUUCGAUUUUCUUGAAGAAGUGAGGAAGAUGUUUGGGAGAUGGAAUUGCACUAAUAGGAGGAACGGUACAUACACAUUCACAACACUUGGGAAAGCAUUCCAGCAGUUAUUAUCAAUAAACGAAUGUAAAUCUCUACGUAUGACGGUUGAACCAUCAACUGAAUAUGUGUAUACCGUAAAUGAUGAGGCAAGGCGAUUCAUAAUUGAUCUUAAGAAGAAAACAUGCAGUUGUCGGAUGUUCCAAAUGGACGAGAUACCAUGUCCACAUGCAUGGGCUGUAUUGAAGAGUAAAAGUCUUAUGCCUGAUGAAUAUUGUUCAGACCUAUUCAAACCAAAGACAGUGAUUAAGACGUAUGAUGUGCUGUGGAUCCUCUCGCCCGACGAGAGUGAGUGGAAUAUUCCCAAACACAUAAGCGAUGAAGUUGUUUUGCCACCAAGAUACAAAAGACCCCCGGAAGGCCAAAGAAAAAGCGAGAUAAACCAUUAA